UAUGUCAUACUCGUAAUAGGUACCUAUAACAUACCUAUGUACCGUGGAUUUAGGUUAUGUUGUGUUAUUUUAUUAUUCUGAAAAAUGGGUAUCAAAACAUACAAUAGUAAUAUGACGGAAACAAAAUAUAGUUUUCAAAGGAAAUCAGGCAGAAGUAUUAUAGAAAAGCGGCCUGUAUUUUCUCCAGACGGAGAAUCAGUGCUUGUUAUUGUGGAGGAAGUGGUUAGAGUGUAUAAUAUUCAAACAUCUGACUGUGUUAGAACACUAGAAACUGAAACUAAAGUCAAUGAAAUUGUCAGCAUUGAAUUUCCGGAGAAUGAAGAUUACAAUUUGUAUGGAUGUUCAGAUAUGGGAUGUGUUACCAUUUGGACAUGGGAAAAUGGGGCUGUCUUAAGAGAAAUUAAUCUCAAGCUGCCUCCUCAAGCUAGAAUAGUUACAUUUGACUUGAUUGAUAACACUAAAUGCUUUGUAACAGCAAAAAUAUACAAUAAUUCAAAAAAACUUCACCAAGCCACAUACUGUUUGAAAACUGGAGAUCUCUUAAUACAUUACACUCACAGAGAAGUCAAUUGCACAGAGUUGGUGCGAGUAGCCCUAGGAUGGUGUUAUGGUUUCCGAUUUGCGGCCAUAUCAAAUGGCACAAAAAUUCUCACCAUCCAAAACCUUGAACAGCCACAUGUUGUGACCUAUCUCACAAACUCCAACCAGAUUCGCAUAAUUGCAGUUGCAGCUCACCAUACAGAUAACAUGAUAGCAUUCACAGAUGCAUUGGGCAGAGUGACAAUCUUGAGAGGCAACUUGUUUGACUAUACUCAGGUUGCAAAAGAACAACUUCACUGGCAUUUCCUGCCUACUUUUGCAGUUUGUUUUUCGCAACAAGGAAGUUACCUCUAUUCUGGAGGCAUAGAAGAAGUUUUAAUAAAGUGGACACUAGGCAAUCUGUCAAACAAAUCAAACGAAAAAGAUUUUAUUCCACGCCUUCCUGGGAUUAUCAGAUAUAUCACAGUCAAUAAUACUCAUGUGGCCAUUACAUUAUCAAAUAACUCUAUAGUGAUAGCGUCGACCCGCAUGCGAGUGCUGUCCACAAUAGCGGAGUGCGGCGGGCUGUGGACGGCGGGCCCCGCGCUGCAGCUGCACGCGCCCAGCGCCGCGCUGCUCAUGGGCGGCCGCGCCGGCCAUCUGCAGCUCUACUCGCCCGCCACCGACAAAGUCGUUUAUAAUAUUGAUGUAACAGAAGUGAACAAAAUUUCCGCCCAGAGAGCGAAUCUUAUGCCUUUAGAGACUGAGGUUACAUGUGCAGCGGUGAACCGCGAUGGCAGUUGGCUGGUCACUUCCGAAUACAGAAAUGACGGAUUGAUGUAUCCCGAAGAGAAGCUGAAAUUCUGGGCCUUCAGAGGCAAGCACGGGCCCUCCUUCAAACUCAACACAUGCGUCAAUCUUUCCCACGGCGGCUUCAAUGUCGUAUCUUUGGCUUUAGACAACAGAGGCGAAUUUUGCGUGUCCGCCGGCUUAGAUCAAAAAUUUAGAAUAUGGCAAAGGGAGACGCAUAAAACUACAGAAGGGAAGAAAAUCGCUUGGAGUUGUCUAACGGCGUGUUACUAUUCGUCCGGCAUCGCGCAGUUCACGUCGAGCGACGCGUUGAAUAAAUUCAAAGUGGGAAACGACGGCUCGAUACAUUCUCUCGAAACACAUCCGUACAUGUUGUCUAACGACAAUGAUAUCGUGGUGAAGAUAUUCAAGGCUCACAAGAAUAGGUUGAAUGUUAAGAGUGUCGACGUGGAGACGAAGAGUAACGACAGGAGUAUGGAUAUGGGCGGGGUGGCGAUAUCGCAGGAUGCGUCGCUGAUCGCGGCGUGGUUCGGCAGCAAGCUGACGCUGUGGGACUCGCGGCUGUGCGCACUGCGCACGGUGCUGGCGCACCCGGCGCUGCGCCCCCGGGGGCGCCAGCUCCAGUUCGGGGGAAUGGACGCUGCCCAUUAUUUGGUGUGCACUACAGACUCUGUCUUGGCCGUGUGGAGUUUGCUGUCUCUGUCUAUCAAGUGGCUGGUGCAGACGUAUCCCACCUGCCUAACUGCAGAUCGUUUCUCAAACAGAAUGGCGAUCACUACUAAAUCUAAUGACGUUUACGUAUUCACGCCUCAUAACUCCGAUCCGAUCUUAACGCGAAAAUCUUUGGUGGAUCCCAAAUCUGGUGUCUUUACUUUGUGUACUUUUGGAGCAUCUUCAGGCGAUGACAUCAGGCUGUACCUUAUUAGGAAUGACUCCGAGGUAUACAGUUUAGAGCCAGAAAACACAGAAGAGGGUAGUCUAGAAGUGAUAUCUCGGCGCAACCUACCGACGUCUAACUUCGGCGCGUUGCUGGCUGAGACGCAACGGUCGGGCGUGCGGCGGCCGGCGGCGGCCGUUACUGAGACGGAUAACGCGGACAAUGCUUCUGUGUUGCAAUUCCUAUCAGCAUCGCCACACAUGGUACCUCCGGUGAGCCUGCUCUGCACCUCGCUUUUGCAACAAAUGUGCGGCCAGAAACAAGAAGAUGAACCACAGGAAGAUAAGGAAGAACCCUUAGAGGUGGACGCUGAGUCCAGCGACGACGAACACACCCCCAAAGAUGACGCCCCUCCAAUAGCCCAGUUCUGGACGCCCAGCUACGAACAAGUAAAAGAAAAGAAACUCAACAAAAUAUUGAAAGAGCCGUUCUUAGACUUACACAUGACAUCUACAAUCUGUGGCUUGUAAAUAUAAAGUUUGUAUUUACAUAA